UAUCUAACAACAGCUAUGUCUUCAAACUCUUAUAUAAUUGAAAUCUAAUGCCGUAACAUUAAGGCAAAAUCAAUAGUCAAACAAUUUAGUGCCAAACCACCAUGUCCCAAAAUCCUAAUACUUCACCAAACCUCCCAUGGAAGUGCCGGCUUUUGAUGAACUACGUUGCUUACCUAGUCGACAUGUGUCGCCGCCCUAACUUUACUGUCAACCGUCGUCUCUAUAAACUCUUUGACCUCAAAUCUUCCCCUUCAAAAACACCUAUUAAUGGUGUCACAACCUCAGAUAUCAUGGUUGACGCCUCUCGCAACCUCUGGUUUCGCCUUUUUACACCUGAAAAUGGCAGUGGCAACGACGUAAGCUUACCAGUCAUCAUGUACUUCCAUGGGGGAGGAUUCUGUUUUCUGGGUCCCGAUACAUCUGCCCUGGACAGGUUUUGCAAAAGGCUGUCCCGGGAGCUUCAUGUUGUGAUAGUUUCUGUAAACUAUCGUCUGGCGCCGGAGUAUCGAUUUCCAUGUCAACAGGAUGAUGGUGUUGAUGUGCUCAAGUUUCUUGACACAACAAAUAUUGAAGGCUUCCCUGCUUGUGCUAAUCUCAAUCACUGUUUCAUUGCUGGAGACAGUGCAGGUGGGAACUUGGCACAUCAAGUAACACUUGGAGCUAUUGAGACCUAUUUUCGGAAGCUAAAGAUCAUUGGGCUUAUAACGAUUCAACCACUUUUAGGUGGAGAAGAGAGGACUGAAUCAGAAGUUCGGCUUCAUAAAUCUACAUUAAUGCCAAUGGAGAGAACCGAUUGGAUGUGGAAAGCGUUUUUACCAGAAGGUUCGAAUAGAGACCAUCCAGCUUGUAAUGUUUUCGGGCCCAAUGCAAUUGAUGUCUCUGGCCUAAACUUUCCGGCAACGGCUGUAGUUGUUGGAGGGUUUGAUACAUUGCAAGAUUGGCAAAAGAGGUACUAUAAAGGGUUGAAGGAAAGUGGAAAAGAAGUUUAUUUGAUUGAGUACCCUAACGCUGUUCACUCUUUCUACGCCCACCCUGAGCUUCCUGAGUCUUCUAUGUUGAUUGAGGAGUGCGGGGAUUUCAUACGAAAGCAAUGUGCUAAAACAUGAAUAUUUUGUAAUUAAAAAGAGAUAAUGUGUACACAUUAUCUAGGAAAACCACUGUAAGGAUUGUUCUUGAUGGUUUUGUUG